GUUGAAGAAUCGUCUCGGUGUUCAUGUACAAUUGCUUGGAGAUCCCCUUCACAGUGUUUGUAGAGGAUUAAAUCGCCGAAUGCUAGCUCGAUCAGUCUACAGAAUGUCGAUUCGCAGAUCCAACAGGAUUGCAUCAGCAACAUUACCAGGAAGUCAGAUAAAUGAUAUUCAUACCCCCACUCUGCCACUCAAGAAGCGCGCGGCCAGCUCUGAAGCAGCGAAGAGCAAGCCCAAAAGGCCAAAGUCAAAGUCAAAGUCAACCGAGCUUGAUGACGGGUAUCAGUCUAAUGGGGAGGUGCAAGAGAAGGAAUUCAAGAUUCCGGAAGUGCCCGUGACUCCUCGCAAAAGGAGCAGCAAGGCCGCAAGCAAAGUACCCCCCUUGACACCUACACCGAGUCUGAUCAAUGUCAUCCGAGCACCAUAUAGCUCUGGCGACAUUGAUGAUGCGACACCGCCUCCCGACCGUCCCGUCGAGCCGCACGUGACAAAUGCUACUCUUGUCACCCCUGGGGGAACACAGCUAGUAGCAUUUUCAGAUUGGCCAGAUUCCUCGCCGUCCAAGACUGGACUACCUCGCCCGACUGCCACUACCAACAGCCUCCUAGACCAGGCUUGUCAACAUCUGAUCAGCGUGGAUCCUAGAAUGCGACCAGUGAUUGAGAAGCACACCUGUCAUAUCUUUACCGCCAAAGGUCUAGCUGAGCAGAUCGAUCCUUUCAGGUCCUUGAGCAGUGGCAUCAUGGGUCAGCAAGUGUCUGGAGCGGCGGCAAAGUCUAUCAAGAACAAGUUCAUCAUGCUUUUCAACGAAGGAAUGGAUCCUGAAAAGGCAAACUUCCCCACGCCGGCCCAGGUUGCAGCUACGGAUAUCCCUCGACUUAGAUUAGCAGGGCUGUCACAGAGAAAAGCGGAAUACAUUCAAGGUCUUGCAGAAAAGUUUAAUAGCGGAGAGUUGAGUGCAUCAAUGCUCAUGAAAGCGUCUGACGAGGAGGUCAUGGAGAAACUCAUCGCUGUUCGUGGGCUUGGUAAGUGGAGCGUGGAAAUGUUUGCAUGCUUUGGGCUGAAGCGAAUGGAUAUCCUAUCCACGGGAGAUCUGGGCGUGCAGCGAGGCAUGGCCGCCUUCUUCGGGAAAGAUGUCAAGAAACUCAAAGCCAAAGGAGGUGGCAAGUGGAAGUACAUGUCGGAACAGGAGAUGUUGGAAAAGUCGGAACCGUUUGCGCCAUAUCGAAGCUUGUUCAUGUGGUAUAUGUGGCGCAUAGAAGACGUCGAUGUUAGUGUCAUGAGCACAACGUGACGGGUGGAAAUGUGUGAUCCAUAGUCUUGUCUUCAAUAUAUGUACAAUACUACCCAUU